AUGGCGACAAAUCUUUCAGCUACAGUUGUUGAUACCACAGUUGUGACGACAACAACGGCAACCGCCCCUACUUUCGAAAAUGUCCAAGAGCGGUAUAAUGUCAAUCUAACAGACUUAGCCUGCAGUUGCUCUUGCGCGAAAGACAGCGUGAUUAUUUUCAACAUGUCAAUUUCGGACGCCACAAGUCCGGUGGUAGACCCGGUACCCGAAAAACCAGAAUUCGACUACAUGAACACCUUCUUGUGGGUGAUGUUACCCUCUCUCCUAACCUUCUUCCUCCUGACAUUCGGCUUCUACAUCCUGGCCGGCUACACUUCCGGCACUCAGAUGGAGGACUUGAAAAAGAAGUUCAAACAGAAAAAGAUAGACAAAAAGACUGAGCCCAUGGGAAUUAUUCAUAUUUUCAAGGAGAGAGGCGGAGAACCUCAAGAACAAGCGCCACCUAAUUAUAAUGUCGAGAAGGGCCAAAUCGAAACAAUAGUGGAAGAAAAAAGUGAUGAGACAAAAUUCAACUCGCCAUGUUUGACCGACCAGCGCGAGGACGCUUUUUAUAAAGACAGGACUAGUGAAAACUGA